AUGACGGCAAAGAGCUUGGAGCAAGUAUGGCGGUGGAAUUCUCCUCUUCCGCCAGCCAUCUCAACUUGCAUGCAUGAAUUCAUCUCACAGCAAGCUAAGAGCCAUCCAGAUCGACCAGCAGUAAACUCGUGGGAUGGUGACUUCACAUAUCGCGAGGUGGAAGAAUUUUCGAAUGAUCUUGCACUCCAUUUAAUUUCUAUCGGCGUCGGCAUUGGCAAGAACGUACCUGUUUUAUUCGAAAAGUCAAGGUGGACCUCAAUUGCUGUUCUAGCUAUCAUGAAAGCUGGAGGCACAUUUGCGUUGAUGGACCCUAGCCAGCCAGAAGGAAGAUUACGAGCUAUUGUGGAACAAACUGGCGGACAACAUAUUUUGACCUCAAAAUCGCAAGAAGCACUGGGACAGACCGUAGCACCGAGCGCAAACCUUGUAGUUGUGUCGGCAGACCGCUUCGAACUAAACAACAUUGUGCCGGAUCCACAACUUCCGCAUGUCCCAGGAGGCAGCAACCUCUACAUUCAAUUCACCUCUGGCAGUACCGGUGUACCAAAGGGCUGUCUUGUUACCCACGAGAACUACACCAGUGGCGCUAUACCGCGGGCAGAUCUAGUUGGAUACCGUGAACAUUCAAGAGUCCUCGACUUCGCAUCGUAUGCUUUCGAUGUUUGCAUUGACUGCAUGCUUUGUACUCUGGCAAAUGGAGGAUGUCUAUGUAUUCCUACGGAGGCAGACCGGGUCAACGACUUGAGCGGCGCCAUCCGAAAGAUGAAAGUGAACAUGGCGCACAUGACUCCCUCGGUCGCACGUGUCCUGGACGUCGAUAUUAUUCCUUCGCUUGAGGUACUUGGCUUGGGCGGUGAAGCAAUCUCGAAUGGAGAUGCACUAAAAUGGGGCAAGGAAACACAAGUUGUCAACGCAUACGGCCCAUCAGAAUGUACUGUGGGCUGCACGAUCAACAAUCAAGUCGGACGCGACGGCAAGAAACAAAUCACUAUCGGUAAAGGAGUCGGUGGUGCUAUCUGGAUCGUUGACCCGGUUGACCAUAACCGUCUAGUCCCAGUUGGGGCUAUCGGGGAGCUCAUUGUUGAGGGUGCCAUAGUCGGUCCUGGCUAUCUCGGAAAUACCGAGAAGACUUCUGAAGUAUUUAUCGAAGACCCAGAAUUUCUCGUAGCUGGCUACGGCCAGUUUCCUGGUAGGCGCGGCAAAUGUUACAAGACAGGAGAUUUGGUUAAGUACGACGUAGAUGGAUCCAUCAUUUUUGUUGGUCGUGGUGACCAGCAGGUUAAAUUGCGAGGCCAACGCAUUGAGCUCGCAGAAAUUGAGCACCACAUGCGAGACAAGCUACCGGCAGAAACUCGUGUUGCAGCUGAAGUCAUCAAGCCAGGCGGUCCAUCAGGUGAACCCUGUCUUGUUGCGUUCAUCUCUGCCAAUGCAGGGCUCGUAUCUGGCACCGACAGCCUACUUGGUUCUUUCUCUCCAGCGGUGGAGACUGCUUUGACGGUUAUGACCAAGGCGCUUUCGGAAUACUUGCCGAUUUACAUGGUGCCAGCGGUUUACAUACCCCUACAUACAAUGCCUCUUCUGGUCUCAGCCAAGACAGACCGUAAGCAACUACGCGAAAUUGGUACUGCAAUGAGCAGGAGAGACCUCGCUGCGUUCGCUGCUGCACUCGUGCCACGAAGAGAGCCAUCAACGGAAAUGGAGCAAAAGCUAGCCGCUAUUUGGGGCAACGUACUUGGCCCAGACGGCGACUUCAGUGCUACCGACAAUUUCUUCUCUGUCGGUGGCGAUUCGCUUAAGGCAAUGAAACUUGUGGCUGCUGCACGAGCCGAAGGUCUCUCUCUCUCUGUGGCUGGGAUAUUUGGAAACCCAGUACUCGAAGAUAUGGCUUCGAUAGCUCAGCCGACGACUUUGGACGGUGAUCUCCAUGUGGAGCCGUUCUCACUUCUUAGUCCUACCUGGUCCCCCAAUGUAGCAAAGGCGGAAACAGCGGAGCUCUGCAAUUUGAAGUCUGAGGUUAUUGAGGAUGUCUACCCAUGCACCCCCUUGCAAGAAGCCCUUAUGGCGCUAUCGGCAAAGGUCACUGAAGCAUACGUUGCUCAACGAGUCGUUGAGUUACCCAGUAUUGACAUGGCACUUAAACUUGCAAACGCUUUCGAUGUGGCGUCUAGAGGUUGCCCAAUCCUUAGAACAAGAAUCGUACAGGUGCCACGGCAAGGCCUAAUGCAAGUGGUAGUCAAUGACGGCUUCUUGUGCCCAGUGUUGGAAGGCCAGGGUCUGACUGAGUUUCUUGAAUCAGAUCGAAACGACCCAAUGGAAUUGGGUAAGCCAUUGGUACGCUACGCAAUUAUCACGAACGAGAAGUCCACUGGAAAGACACAUUUUGUCCUCACAAUGCACCACGCCCUGUAUGAUGGUUGGUCGAUGCCGCUGGUAGUCGAGAGAGUCAAUGAUGCGUAUAAUGGAGUUUCAACAGAACGACCUGCGAGCUUCAAUAACUUUAUCAAGUGGCUAUGUGAUAUGGACCGGAAAGAUUCGGAGACCUACUGGCGCGAACGCUUGGACGGUGCCGGUGGCGAGCAAUUCCCAUCCUUACCUUACCCAGGAUAUCAACAACAAGCCGAUUCAUUGCUUGAGCACUACGUCCCGGUGGGAAACCGAGUGGGAGGAACUACGGUUGCCACCGCUAUCCGGGGCGCAUGGGCUCUCUUGGUCGCCUCUUAUACUGCGUCAAAUGAUGUGGUAUUUGGAGAGACAUUGACUGGUCGAAACGCCCCUAUCCCAGGCGUUGAACAGAUUGAGGGUCCCAUGAUUGCCACUGUGCCAAUUCGCGUGACGGUUGAUGUCGAUGCGACUGUUUCCGAGUACCUACAGGAUAUCCAUACCCAGUCGGUUCUCGCCAUUCCCCACGAGCACUUCGGUCUCCAACACAUCCGUCGCUUAAGCCCCGAUGCGCGCGAAGCAUGCGAACUUCGGACAGGCUUUGUGCUUCAUCCCAGCACUGAAGGAGAGGCGGUUGGUGGUACCGAAGAACAGCCUGCAAAUGGCUUCGUUCCUGCAGGCGACGAAGAAGCUGCUCAAGAAGCUCUGAAGUUCAACACCUACGCCCUCAUGCUUGUGUGCUCGCUUGACCCCAAGGGUUUCUUGAUCAUGGCCAGUUUCGAUUCACAAACAGUUUCGAGCCCGCAAAUGCAGAAAAUGUUAUCUCAGCUUGGCAGAUUGACCCAACAAUUCUGCGAGUCUCCGAACAAACAUAUUGGUGAUCUCCAAAUAGUAGAUGCGUCGGAGUUGACUGAGCUUGUACGGCUCAGUAGGCUGAGCGGCGGCAGCUCUGCCUGCUCUUCGAUGUUCUCAGACGAUGUGCAAGUAACCGAUGCUUGGAUCGUCGACCCUGCAAAUCCCGAGCGACUCUCCCCCGUCGGGGCGACCGGCGAGUUGCUCGUGCAUUGCCUUGGUGAUCCCAAGAUAGAGUCUAUCGAUACUCCAAAGUGGCUGCCAGACACCGUGGUUGGAAAGGUCUAUCGGACCAGGAAGCUGGCCAAGUACGACUCAGGAGGAUCCAUCAUAAUCGUUGAGAAGCCCAUCGCAGAGCAGAAACAGAAGAAAGUGGAUCGAACGGUCAAGAUAACAGUCGCAUCCACGAAACAGCGCAGACUGCGAUCAGCCUGGAGUCGAAUCCUGGCCAUACCCGAGGAUGAGAUGGGGCUUGAUGAUAGCUUCUUUUUGUUGGGUGGCGAUUCGAUUGGCGCAAUGAAACUCGUUUCUGAAACUCGAGUUGAAGGUUACGAUAUCACAGUCAAGGAUAUCUUCAAGCAUCGAACCUUAUAUGACAUGGCCAGCGUGUUGAGAGAAGCUCGUAAUGCAACGCCCAAAGAAGUAGCAGAAGCAGCAAAACCAUUUUCUCUGCUAGCAAAUGCCGACAUCAACAGGUUUCUGGACAUACAGGGCGCACUGGCCCAGCCGGAGUGGGUUAUUCAAGACAUCUACCCGACAAGACCACUUCAGCAAGUCGCUGUUUAUGGCACCGUGAAGAUGCCAAGAUAUUCAACAAGAUACGAACUUUUCCAUCUUGAUGGCGAUGUUGAUAGAGAAAGACUUCUUCGAAGUUGCCAGGAGCUCGUCGCUCAAAAUGAGAUAUUGCGCACCGUUUUCGUUGAGAAUGAAGGGCAAUGCCUAGGUGUUGUGCUGAAGUCGCUGACCGCCAAGGUUGACGAGUUCGACAUUGAGGGAAACAUCGAAAAGUUUGCACACAACCUGUGUCAAACGGACAUUCAGACGAAGAUGCCUCUCGGAUCCGCCUUCGUCAAAUUCAUGCUAGUGCGAGGAGAUGAUGGCCGGAGCUGUUUGAUCAUCCGCAUCUCGCAUGCACAAUAUGAUGAAAUAUGCUUGGUACCAUUACUACGCCAGCUUGGAGCUCUAUACGAUGGCCUAUCUUUCAGGCCUAGCGCUUCAUUCUCGAAUUUCGUUUAUCACACUCUGAACAAGACUCUCCCACAAAGUAUUCCGUACUGGCGAGAAGUGCUCAAAGGGUCAGAGAUGUCUGUGUUGAAGCCCGACCUACCCCUUAGCACCAGAGUCCCCGAUGCUGUCACUCGGACUGUGAGCAUCGCCGCGCGUCUAAGGGAUAUCACAGUUGCUACACUGCCCACCGCAGCUUGGGCCCUCUGUCUAGCUAGGCGUUUGGGUCGUCGUGACGUGGUAUUUGGGGAAGUCGUGAGCGGUCGCAACACUGACCUCACCAACGUAGACUCAGUCAUGGGCCCAACGUGGCAAUACGUACCUUUCCGUGUGAAGUUUGAAGAGGGCUGGACUGGUCUUGAUCUUCUGGACUACGUUCAACACCAGCAUAUUUCCAGUGCACAGCAUGAGGGCAUGGGUCUGAGCGAGAUCGUGCCGCAAUGUACAGACUGGCCAGAGAGCGUGGACUGGUUCGAUACGGUUGUUCACCAAGAUGUCUACCACGUCGAGGAGAUGAAGUUCGGUAAGGCGAAUUGCCGCAUGGAAACCGUGUAUCCGCACUAUGAGCCACUGAAAGAAUGGAAGAUUCAGGCGUUCGUCAAGGGUGACGAACUCAUGUUCGAAAUCGUCACAUUCGCUGACUGGAUCCCAGUCGCGAACGAGUUGCUUGGCGAGCUGGAAGAGAUCAUGGAUCUGCUUGUUAGGAGGCCAAAGGAAGUCAUCCCUUGGUAA